AACUUCCUCUGUAGUCUGUAUAGAAACCAGAAUAGGUAUAACUUGGUAUGAUUAAUUUACUUCAAAAGUCGUAAUUAAUAAAAAAUCUUUGUGUUUUCAUAGAAAAAUCCCAAGUGAUUUUAAUAUGGGUGACGGACAAAGUGAAAAUCAGCCUCUAUUAAGAGAUGAGGAUGAGAAUGUCAGCACUAUCUCUCCAAUCGGACCUGAUGAGCUACCACCGCCGUACCAGCAAGCUGGCCUACCGAUGGUCACUUGCCGGGUUUGUCAAGCGAUGAUUGAUAUAUCAGGAAAGAGGGAACAGCAUGUAGUGAAAUGCUCUGAAUGUAAUGAAGCCACACCAAUUCGAAAUGCUCCACCAGGCAAAAAGUAUGUACGUUGUCCCUGCAACUGCUUGCUCAUUUGCAAGUCCUCGUCGCAGCGUAUUGCAUGCCCACGCGCUGACUGUAAAAGGAUUAUAAACCUGGCACCUUCUCCUGUCACCCCACCGGUGCCCACAUUGCCUGGCAUGUGUAGGGUCAUCUGUGCUCAUUGCCAGGACACUUUUCUGUAUCAGCUGUUAAAGAAUGCUCCGGUGCGAUGCCCACAUUGUCGUAAGGUGUCAUCAGUUGGGGCUAAAAUGCGUCGAGUGAGGGGAACUAUAUUUGCGACACUGGCCAUUAUCGUACUGGCCAUAGCCCUGGGAGUCACCCUUGGUACCUGGUCAGCUGCUAAAAGCCACGGUGGCGGUGUUUAUGUGGCCUACGUUGGCGCUUUUGUCCUUGCAAUGUUAUUAGGAAGUCGCGCCAUCUAUUAUUUCGCUAUGAAAGUAAGUCACAUUGAAGGACCCAUGUAGACUACGAUAAUCUGACUUGUGAUAGACUACCAAUAUUUUAUUCCAUAUUGCAUUAUAUAUACAUUUAUUGCUGUUCAUCAGGAUUUAGGUUCUUUUGAAAUAUCUUAAUAGCACCACGUCUUUGCGUGAACGGAAUGUAUCGCAAAACUCGAUAUUAACUAUGUAUGUAGUUUUAUCAAAUAUUAUAUAUGACUAUUGGAGUGUUUUUGGUAGCCAUUUAGGUAGGUAAGCAUUCCGUUGUGUGAUUUUUUUAAUAAUGUAAUUUUAUAAGCUAUUAGCGAUCUAAAGUUGAGGUAGAUUUUAUACAUUGAUAUAUAUAACCGCCUUCACAUUUAAUAUGACGUUUUUCUGCUUUUUAAGCGGAAAAUCAAUAUCGGUAUUUACGGAAGAUAUUAAGUUAGCCUGUGAAAUGUUAUUAUAUAAAUGUUGCACCGAUACAUCAGUUUCUAAUAUUGCUGCCUUUUAGAUGCCGAGAGAACAGUUAUAUGCAGAGAUUUCAUGACACAAAAUAAACAACCAUGUCAAAAAUCUAAAUAGACCGAACAUGACAACACCAACAUAAAAAGUUGGGAAUUCCCAGAACAGACAACAAAAUAAAGUCAUUGGAAUUGUGUCAAAUCUCGAACAGUUUUAGGUGUCGCCUUAUAAAUUACAAAGUAUGUAUUAAUGUUUUGUAUAGCCAUAAUGUUUAUGUACUAAACAUGUACUCAACCUAAUCGGUCAUAAACCGCCUAAAAAAGAAAUAAAAUUUAAUUAAUUAAAUCUCUUUUAAAUUCGUAUAAUUAAAAACAAUUUUGUUCAGAACUCCACAGCAUAGUUUGUCUACAUGGGUCUGGUUAUAUUGUGUUAAUUAUACAUAUAGACAAUGACUUACUUUAAACACAGUAUAAACACAAAAUUAUUGCAAUAUUAUAAAAUUCAUUCUAAAAGUUGCUUUUAUCAUUUUCGUUAAGACUAGAUUUAUAUCGAAUACAUGUAGGUAUAAAAUUAGUAAAUAUCUUAUGUUUAACGUAAAAUUAGGGUUGACACAUGUAUUUUAGAAAGCUAACACAUAUAUCUAAAUUUGAUAACUGCUGUGAAUUAUUCUUGAUUAUUAAAAAUAUACUGUUUAAUAUUACUCAUUUAGCUAAAUUUACAGCAGUCAUCAAGUUUCACUUAUUUUUAAUGUUCAUAUAUGUAAUCUAGUAUAAUAUGCGGUAUUAUGGCUUUUUGUGUGUUUGAGAUUAUAUAUAUAGGGUGCCAAUGACCGGUGCUUUGGACAUUUUAUCCAAAAAUAAUCAAACUAAUCUAAAAUGGCGUCGAACAUGUUCUUUAACGCACGCUAGUGUCCUCAAUACUUCCCGCAGAUAGAUUCCUUACAGCUACCCAUAAAGGUCCAAUCACACUUAUCAACUCGAAAGGUGAUUGUCUCCGUAUCGCCGUUCGCCUCGCUGUCAGCCUAGUAUUCUAAAAACAAUAACGACCAGUGUUCACAACCUGAAGCCAGGCAACUAUCGCACCAGAGGCCGAAAAAUUAUCGUACAUGAAUAAAAAUUAUCGUGCAAGUCAGGAAAAUGGAUAAAAUACUUUUAAAAAUCAUAUGAAACGUGCAAUAAUGUAUGUAGGAAAUGAUUUAUAGUUUAAAUCUUGUGUUUUUUAAAUUGAAAAAAUAAAAAUUAAAUGUUCGACGUAUGGCAAGACUUGAACUGGGAGUGGACGUCGGACGAGGGCACUUCGAGUGUCAUGAACGUGCCAAGAUUUAGAAUUUAUAUUGAAAAGAUUGCGCCAUGAAGCAACGGCAUGUGAUCCUAAUAAAACAAUCAGUCCAUAGAUGGCACUAACACUAAAAACCGUAAUUAUUAAUUAUUAUUGGGCUAUCUGUGUAAUCAUCAAAUGUUUUAUAUAAUUAUCGUACAUGUACGAUAAUUAUCGUACGGUUGUGAACACUGAUAACGACUUCAUCUGAUUGACGUGCGUAACCCAUAGAAUUAGUUCGAACUUUUAUCAAGCCACUCGGUUGUUGUCUAUGGCGUGUUAUCAUUAUCUGUAAUUUUUAGCGCCUUUACGUUUAUCAAUUCGGACUUCUUAUUAUUGUAUAAAGAAACAAUUGUCACGCAUUGUGCCUAAACGAGUAAUCGCAGAUAAAGAUGACGACGUUAGUUAGUCGUCUGUUUUUAUUGCAGUAGUUAUCAUUAGUCAUUAGACCUUUUGAGUCUUAUUUGGUUUUCUACAGGGUAUUUGUUUUUUUGAAUAAAAAUAUAGUUGGUAAACUAUACCAAACUAUGUUCCAGAUUAUGUUAUAUGUUUAAAAACAAACUUGACAGGUUUGGUAUAGACAAUCAAUCGAAUAGUCUAUUGAUGGCCGUUCCAAAAAGAGGUUUUAAAUCUAUAGUGUGCGUACUUUGCUCCGACUUUGGCUCAUGAUUUGUCAUUCAUCAAGUACUCGGCGCUUAUUAGUAGGUUGAAGCUUAGUCCACAUACUAUAAAUUAACAUCCAAUUUCUCUGUCGAAAAUAGAAGUCAUAGUUGUUAAAGAUGUGGUUUUAUAUACAAAAUCUACUGUUGGUAACAAUGAUUGAAUUUGGAAUAUAGCAAAACCGGCGAAAUCAAUGAUUUUAAUAUAUUCUAUAAAGACUGUUUUUGUGGCCAUGAGUAAUAUACGAAACUAAACAAAACACGCAUGAAAGUCACAUGAUUAGGUAUAUAUAACAAUUAAAUUUACUUUCUGUUAAAUAGAAGACUAUGUUCAAAAUUGCUUUAUACUCGUCCUAAAUUUAGUCAUUUUUCAGUUUAUUUUUAUAUUAUUCUCAAUACUUUGAUGUUAUUUUUAAAAUUGUAAAGUUUAGUUCGCUUUAGUUAAUUGUAUUUUUUUUAAAUUUAUAGUUUUGUAUCUAUUUAGCCUUAAGAACAAUUGGUAACUAAAUAACCUGUCAAUAUAAACUUUCAAGUAUUUACAAAGAUCUAUAAAUAUUGUUUAUUAGUGUGUAAUCUUUCCGUAAACGGUUGAAAUGAAAUGAACUUCUGAAAU